AUGGAGCACCAACGGUUGGGAGAUGAAGACAAACUGCUGCAGAGAAAAUGUUCGACCAACGGUUGGGAGAUAAAAGACAAACCACUGCAAUGGGAUAUAAAAUCACAAAACCCAACGACUGUAGAAGUAGAAGAUGGAGGAUUAGGAGACCAAAAAGUUACCUUUGGAAAAAGCAAGCGACCCCCGGAUGGCACGUUGUGCAGCGCAACCACGGACAGUACCGAUACUCGAGAGGUUAAUCAAGGCAUAGCACAACUCUACGACAAGUCGUUUGGUGUCUGGGAGGACAUAUGGGGAGACCACAUGCAUCACGUGUUUUGCGACCCGGUUUCCGAGACUGAUUCGGAUCACCGGGCUGCCAGAUACGAAUGA